AUGGACUCCUUAAUGACAGAUCAUUUUCCUCAAUUUGACUCUCAGGAAUUAGAAGUUGAAAACAGACCAUCUUUAGGAAUAACGCCUUAUCGGAGAUAGGUGUCUGAGACUAAAUUUAAGCCAAUGAGUGCUUUAUUGAGCGAUCCAGAUGAUAAAGAAAAUCACUGUUAAAACAAGUAAAUUCAACUUGAAUGCAGCAUUCCAUUGCCAUUCAAUCUUGAAAAUUUGAAAAUUACUGACAACUCACCUAAUAAGCUUGGCUGGUUUUCUAAUAAAUUUGAUAGUCCGCUUCAAACUAAGAUAUCAGAUUUCAGUUGCACCAAAUCCCCUGGAGUGAAUUCAGAGGAUAGUAGUGGGGAGAUAGCUAAUGCCAUGGAUCUUAGUGAUAUAUAAAGAAGACUUAUUGCUAAACUCAAAACAAUGAAAAAAGGAUUAUCCAUUACUACUGAUAAAGACUUAUUAUUAGAAGAGAUGUACACAAUCAUGAGGAUUCUAGGUCUUGAGCUAUCUUAAAAGUUUCUUUUCCCAUUAUUGGGAAUCAUGAUUUUGAAUUCAUCAGAUGAAAAAUUAGCAGAAUAUACUUGGAAGACAAUUAAAACCUUUCUCUAAAAUUAAAUAGGCUAGACUUUAUUUUAAGAGUUGAUCAGAUCCUGGAUUGAUCACAAGGAUUCAAUAGCUGAUAAAACAGAUAACUCAGUUAUCAGAGCACAGUAUGAAGUUUUAUUGGAAUUCCAGGGAAUAGUAGAAUUUAUAAACCUCGACCUCUUUGAAAUACUGUUCGAAAAAGCAACAAAUAUACUCUUAGACAAAGAUACAAAUGAAGAUGUAAAGCGUGCCGGAUUCAGAAUAUUUGGACCUUUCAUAUACUAUUUAGCAAAGUGCAAACCUUUGAAUUCUUAUUAUAAAUUAUAAUGUCCUCUGUACUAUUCUGCUCUCAAGAUUGUUUACAAUUAUUUUGAAGACAACUUGGUAAAUUAUCAAGAGGAAUUAGCAUUCAUGUUUCCAUGCUUAUUACAAGAGCUUAUUAACACCAAGGACUAAUCAAUAAUCAUGUAGUACUUCAAUAAGCUCCUCACUGAAUGUGAUGAAUAAGAUACUAAGAGUAUCAUAAUAAAAUUUCUCCCUGAACUUCUUCGUAUAUCAUCAGAUAACUUUAGAAUUAUGGAUUCUAUACAAUAUCAAUAUUCCCUAUUCAUCAAUUCUAAAGUGAUCAAUGAUGAGGAUCUAUACUUGGACUUUAUUCAAAUCAUUCCAGAAAUCAAAAUUAUACUAGAAAAGCAAACCUCCUUUAUUAAUAUCUAGGCUAAUCUACUUCAGAUAGCUGAAUCAAAGCUAUUCAAAGAGAAUUGGAGAUUUUAAGAGAAAUUUUACUCAGCAAUUCAAUCUGUUAUCAAAUCCUCUCAAUCAAUCUAUUAAAUCAAUAUAAAGCUUAUAGACCUAGUCAAUGAGAAAAUGAUAGGUCUUAAACAAUAAUACAGCGCAGUUUAAUCACAAAUUAUUUAGACUUUCUCAGCAUUGGUUUAUAAAUAGUAUUAGUAAAAGCUUGGCUAUUAGCAUGAUAAAUCUCUCUUGUUUAUAGAGACUAAAAUAAAUGAUAUGAACACUUAUCUGAAAAUACAUUUGUAGAUGAAGCUAGUGGAUUAUGAAAUGUGGAAUCUAACAAUGAAGUCAAAGUUAAUCUCAAAGCCAAUCACAAAAAUCAUCCAUCUAAAACUUAGAGAGUAAAUUAUAAAUGGAGUUUAGCAAUAAUAAAAUGAAAAGAUUGAGAUUUAGUUCUAUGAGAAAGAGGAAGUUUAGGAUGUAUAUCUCAGCUUCCUUGAUGGCAAAAUAAAUGAUUUUGAGCUGUCAUGUGAUUCAAAGGGUAUUUCUAAUGAUUUUUCAUAAUUUGAUUAAGGACUUUAAUACAUGUCUGUAGAAAGUAUCAGUAUUAGAAAUAACCCUAUCUCUCAGGACAUUGUUCAUAUAAACGAGUUUAAAGAAGAGUUUGAAAUAAAGAAAGAUGUUAAUAUCUCAGAAGGAGAGUUGAUUUUUUAGGAUAGCAAGGAGAGCAUGAGACCGAAGUUUAAAUUAGAUCUGCAGAUCAAUACUGAUAUGAUAUAUAUUGACAAUACAAUCAAUGAAAGUUCUAAUGAGAAUUUAGACGUUCUCAAAGAAGUAAAUAUUGAAAAUAAGAACCUAAACAUUAAAAGAAGUCUUAGCACAAAUGAGAUGUUUGAGAAGAAAAUUGGCAAAAGUAAAGGAAAGAAAGGAGAGAACAGCUCAUAUUCAGCCUUGACAAAAGCAAAAAAGCAGCUUCCUGCUAAAACUAUUAGCAGAAAUGCUAGUUAAAUUCACAUUAGCACCCCUAGAUAUCAAAUUGAAUAUAAGAUCUCGAAUAAAUCAGGCAAAUAAGUCAAGAGUAGAACUCAUCAAGUGAUUGACUGCUAGAAAGAGAUCCCCUAGACACCUAAUAAACUUAACUUAAUAAGAGAAUGA